CCCUUCCCUGGAGCUGAACCACAAACCUACUAUCCCGAUGUUCCACUUCUUGAAGAAAAACCUCCUCCAAGAACAACUUCUACACUUGGUACUUGGAUAAAGAAACCCUCUCCUCCAGUAUCUGGAGAUGAGGAUGAAUUAGAACCCACCAUCAUGGAUUCACAUACUUAUGAUGACGAGGGGAGCACUAUGAAUGUACCGAAGUUCUCCCGGGUGUUUACAGAAUCUGAAUACGAGGAAAUAGGACCCCCUAGACACAGACCAGGUGGAGUCCAGCACCCCUGUGAUCUGUGCGGAUCACCUAAUGCUCUGCUGUCAUGUGCGCAGUGCCACAAUCAGGCCUUCUGCGCAGCUUGCGAUGAUAUGUAUCAUAAACACCCGAAAAGAACCGAUCAUGUCAGAAAGGUAACGUUUAGUCUUUUCAAUUAUGUUUCAGCUUUGAAACCAUACUUCCUUAGGAACCAUUUAAACUAAGCUGAAAUAUUAUCUUGUUAGCAUUGUAUUGGUAUAUACGCAUACCAUUGUCUUAUGUUUCAGCUUUGCAACCAUACUUGCUUUGGAACCACUUAAACUAAGCUGAAAUAUUUUCUGUUUAAGCAUUGUAUUGGUAUAUACGCAUACCAUUGUUUUAAGUUUCAUCUUUGCAACCAUACUUCCUUUGGAACCAAUUAAACUAAGCUGAAAUAUUAUCUGGUUAGCAUUGUAUUGGUAUAUACGCAUACCAUUGUCUUAUGCUUUAGCUUUGCAACCAUACUUCCUUUGGAACCACUUAAACUAAGCUGAAAUAUUUUCUGUUUAGCAUUGCAUUGGUAUAUAUGCAUACCAUUGUCUUAUGUUUCAGCUUUGCAACCAUACUUCCUUAGGAACCAAUUAAACUAAACUGAAAUAUUAUAUUGUUAGCAUUGUAUUGGUAUAUACGCAUACCAUUGUCUUAUGCUUUAGCUUUGCAACCAUACUUCCUUUGAAACCAAUUAAACUAAACUGAAAUAUUAUAUUGUUAGCAUUGUAUUGGUAUACACGCAUACAAUUGUCUUAUGUUUCAGCUUUGCAACCAUACUUGCUUUGGAACCACUUAAACUAAGCUGAAAUAUUUUCUGUUUAGCAUUGUAUUGGUAUAUAUGCAUACCAUUGUUUCAGCUUUGCAACCAUACUUGCCUUGGAACCACUUAUUUUUUAUACUGUCUAGUCGUUUUUUACUGUGUUUUUUGU